CAAAAAUCAAAAGGAAGCUACUGAAGAAUAAUUUCGCGUGUAUAGAAAAGAAAUUUUUUAUUAGUCCGCGUUCGAAUCUCCGCUAAUGAGCAAGCAUAAAAUUUCGUUCUUCGAUUCGUUGUUAUGAAUCGCGUAGGUUCAAGGAACCAAGCGAUUUCAGGAGCUGAAAUGGUUGACAUCAAAAGCCUGAGUCUUGUUUACAUUCUGGAGAAGAAACAACGCGUCCAUGAAAAAUCAUAUGGAUGUCCUUUCGUCCUUGAAGAAUGAAAGCAUCCGUAGCCAGGAGGAUGAGGCUUUGAUCGAUUGGGGUAUCACGGAUACAGAAGCCCCAAACCACAUUUUAUAUACUACUGUCCGUAAUUUAAUUAAAAUUACUAGCACCUUCCCGUCGGUCGGAGCCGACCUUAUUAUUCUUAUCUACCAUGUAGUAUUGCUAUUCCUCUAUUUAUAUUAAAAGUGUGUAGUACCUAAAAUUUUUAAACACGCGAGUUAUCUUCGGUCUGCGUACGAUCAACUUUUUUUCCUUUAUUUUCACCAUGCUUAAUUCUGGCUAUAUAAAACACAAUAUUGCCGACGACGAACCAAGUGAUUCGGAAUGUAUGGAGAACAAUUGUCAAUACAGUUUCCGUCGUUCAGUCGAAAGUGUUCCAUGGAAAGCCACGUACUCGUAAAAAUAUAUGGUACCGUACCGAAGAGGAUGUUUUUUUUUUUUUUUUUUCAAUUUUAUAAAUCUAUCUCAAUAAUUUUAAUCUUCUAAUUUUAUAAAGCGAAACCCAAUAUACACGGAAAAGCCUGUGAUUGAACCUGACUCCGAGAUUUAGCUCCUUUUUAUGCCGUAUUAAAAUUUGAGAUUUUUAUUUAAUAUUAUUUGAUGAAAUUCGGUACUUAACUGCUGAUGAUAAUGAGCAACAAUAUAGUAAUAGAAAAAUAUACAUUUUUUGUUUAGAGUACGUGAAAAACUGGAUAUGUAGAUGUCAAAUGUUUCUUUCUCUGACAUACAAGCGUUCGUAAACGUUAAAAUAUUUCUAUUAAUACAUGGGAUACAAAAAUGAAUGGAGAUUGAAUCAUUGAACCGAUCAUCAGAAAAUCCUCAAACUCCAUCACGCGUACGUUAUAAUGGAUUUUUUUUUUUAAUAUUCUAAAAAUGGACUAUUUUCUCUUAAUGACGCCUUGAAUAUUUCCUGAUUCGAAUCCAAUUCGGAGGUAAAUAUCAGUUUGAUCGCCUUCGCAGAACAAUUGAAAUGAGUGAACAUUAUUUUCAUUCAUUAUUGGCAGAUUCUACGGUAAAUGAUCACAAUUUCAAAAGCGUCGGGAGCAAGUCUCGGGACAUCGCAAAUUCCGAUUUCGCAAACGAACACUUAGGAUUCGUAUUGCGAAAAUUGUUUUAUGAAAAUUCAUAAGAUCUUCAAUUAAAAUAUGUAAAAUGUUUCGUUACACGCUGCGGCUAAUGAAAAUAUUUUGUUUUCUUUCGAGCGUGUUUAUUAUGUAAUAUUUUUUAGUUUUACUGGUGUGCGUCGUCGACCAGUUGAUCAUCGUUCUAUUGUUCACCGGCACAGUUUGUACGGUAUAUAGGUAUAUAGGGUCGUCGCGGUUCAAUGGAAAAAGUGUUUUGGAAAAAGCAGAAGCGGCGGAAGGGGGGGGAGAGAGAGAAAUAAUACGCGGCAGGGGCGUGCGACGACGAUGCGCUUGCGCCUCGUAAAACGAUUGUACAUAUAGCACAAGGUGGUAUAAGAGCGUUAUUCGUGCGGGGUGUCCGGGCGAAAUCCGAAUUCGUUCACCUCGUCUCUCACAUAUUCUAUUCCGUGAAGCUGCGGUGUAGUUUUUUAGCCCGAGUCCGCAGUUCGGUUGCGCGUUGUGAGUCACAGUUAGUUAUAAGGAGACGAGCCGCCGGAGAACACAACCAUCGAUCGACCGAUAAACACAUGCCAAAAAGCUCGUAAAAUAAAAAUAAAAAAAAAAAAAAAAAAAAAAAAAAAACUCGUCGCAUCUUAGAACGACGCUUCACGACUUUUCAAUCGAAACGUUUGUUUUUUUAUUCCUGUAUUUUUCCAUUCCGAAUCGUCUUCCAAUUUCUUGGCAAUAUUAUUUCCGUGUCGUUGAAGGAAAAACAGGAACAGUGUGAAAAAUUGUCGUUUGAGCUGAAAAAAGUACGAGUGAUAGUGAAAAAAAAAACAGCAGUCGCGGGAGUAUUUGCGAUCACCGCACCCUUGGUGCUUUUGUGUAAUUUAAAAAAUGGUAGAACAAACGAAAUAGUAACGGGAAAAAGAAUAAAAAUAGUAAGGCGCAAGCAGGAUAUCGUAGAAUAAUAGUUUCGAAGAAUUUUGUGAAUUCGAAGAGCCGAAAAAUAAGAGUCACGUGGACGGGCAAUGAAUAACAAGAAUUGUGAUGGCGGCUCGUACCGGUAAUCGCUAUAUUUGUUGUUCGAGUUGUCACCGAUUGGGAGGAAGAAUAAAUUCGGAAAAUUGCCUUGGUUCGUUUACUACCACGGGAACCUGAAAUAAUUCGCGUCUUUCGAAUUAGACUCUCGUUACGGCAAUGAAUUCGCGCACAUGAAAUUGAUCGCCCACAAUUUACGAUGAAGAACUGCGAGUUUUGAGGUAGAAAUUGCAGCAUAGAUUAACAGAGAAGAUAAGGAAAAGAAAGCAUUUUUCGUGGUUCGAGAGAAGACUUCUGGUCCUUUGGUUAUUUUCGAGCACGAUGAUUCCGAUCGUGAUUCGAGUAUGAAUAUCACGAUGGCGGGAAGUUUAUCAGCGGUGGCGUCGGCUGUAACGAAGACAGCGACGACUACGUCAACGAUUAGCACACCGGUGACAACAACUGGGGGAACGGAACGAGGAUUAGAUUUAACGAGCACCCUCGCUGGUCUACUCGAAAUGGGCGUGGGCGUUGCGGUGGAUCGAACAAAAAAAACGUUCGCCGAUGAUCUCGACGUUUCACCGGUGACCUUGUCAUCGGAUUGGUCGAGAGUCGCUCGUCUUUUGCUCUUAGCGUCGCUCGCCGUGGUCGGUAGCGUUGGCAAUGUUUUCAUGAUAUCCGCAGUUAUGGUCGAGGAUCAUUUGAAAAAGCGAGGAAACGCGUUCCUGGUGAAUGUCGCUCUGGCCGAUUUGCUAGUUACGGGUUUGGUAAUACCAGCCUCGGCCAUCGUGAUCCUUGCCGGACACGAGGAGUCCUUGUCAACCUGUAGAUUCGAAUGGACACUCGAGGCACUUUGUUUUCUCGUGACGAUUCUCACUCUGGCGACUAUAGCGAUGGAAAACUACGCGAGAUUGUGUCUACCGGCGGAGAGUUAUGCGGCUCUGACAACGAGCCGAGUGACGGCAACGACGAUGGUCGUUUGGGCGAUAGCGGGAACGGCGGUUGGAUUGCAAUCGUCCCUCGAUCUUGGACCAGAUUUUUGUAGGCGUCGCUUCAACGGGAUCGCGACCCAACAGAUCGUCGGCGUUUCUAUUUUGGUAGUUUUUCCGGCCCUCGUUACAAUAUUCGUUUACACGAAGCUGGUGAUACGCGUACGUCGGGCUAUCGGAGGAUCGUUCAAACCCCCGAUAGCCUUCUCCUGGGAUUACUCCUUGACCAAAACCAACAUAUGCAGCUUCGUGCUUUUCGCCGUCUUUUGGCUACCGUUUGGCAGCGCGAUUUGCCUUAGCGCCGUACGACCCGUCAGUGCUCGAGUCUUGUACAAUCUCGCCUGGUUCGCCCUCUGUAAGUCUUGUUUCAACAAUUUGCUAUAUUGCGUCGCCGAUCGACACUUUAGAAACGCAUACGUCAAACUCUUUCAUUAUUGCUGUUGCAAAACUACGGUCAGCUUCUCGCGCAGACCUCGAGGCGAAGGCACUCGAUCUUCCGGUGAUGUCAAACUUAGGGUUCACAUUAUUCACUCCUAUGCCAGUCCAGCUUCCUGCAGACCCACCGUCGCUCGAGUCAAUGGUCGCGAUGGCUACGAACUCUAAUUUAUUCCUCUUUUAUUUAUUUUUCCCCUUCGCUAUAUACAUGCUUCCGCCGCGUUCCGCAGUUAUAUUAUUCCCCCUCUUCUUCCUCGGCCCAUUAUAUUCGCGGCGCCUUUCCAUUCUUUUCAAAUUUUAGUCCGCCUCAGGACUACAUGUUCCCAACAUUUUUCAUCAUUUCAAAAACACACUGCACGACUUUUUUCCCAAAUUUUCGCUUCGUAUACAAUUCUCAUAUAGUAUUCUGAUUCGCGCAUGAUUCUAUAUAUUCAUUUUUAACAAAUUUAUAUUUCCUCCAAGUAUUUUGCGCGAAAAAUCAAACAUUCAGUUUAUUUUACUCAACGAUCGAUCGCUCGGAAUUUCCUUUUCAACAACAAAAGUUCAACGAAUCUUCUCAUUCCGUCCAUUAUCGCAAAAUACGCAAAUUAGUUUUUUAUUGCUCUUCCACAUUUUUUAUAUAUACCUAUAAUUAUCGAACCGAGUCACAAAAUCUUGAUUCGUUCGUAAAUCUUUUAUUCGCGUUCGAACUUUCCGAGAAAGAUUUAAUAAAAAAAAAAAAAAAAAAAAAAAAAACAUUGCGAGCAAUCGUUUUUUAUAACGCGAUUGGUAUAUGAGUGCGAGUGUCGCGGAAGUUAUAUAUUCAUACAAGUUAUUUUCCGAAAGUCACGCUCGUUUUCGCGCGUCAAAUCGUUGAAGAAUAAUCACUUUUUUUGAAAUUUUGUGUUUGAAAACAAUAUAAAUAUCAUACAAUAUAUAAUCGAAAAAAUCGCAAGUUGUUUGGAGAAACGUGACUGCACGACUCGCGAUAAAAAAAUGGUAGAUCAAUGUGUAGGUAUUGAACGUCGAGCAGUGUAUUAUACAUGCCUUCUGUCAAACUGUGAUGACAUUCUCUCGAAAAAUUAAUCCUUCAUGAUAUAUGUAUAUAUACUUGAUACGUAUUUGUUAUUUUUCAAAUAGCUUCAAUGAUCGUCGAUCGAUGACGAAUCGUCUAUAUUAAAUUCGUUUAAUAAAUUUUCCUCUUUUAGUCAUUACGAGACUCUCAAAUAAAUACACCAAUGCGAGUUUCGUGUAAAUCGUAAAUUUUAUUCAAACGAUGCGAAUACGAUCGGUUUUAUUAUUUUGAAUUUUUGUCUUGUGAGAAGAAAAGCGCACCGAUUUUGAGACUGAUAUACUCUCACGCACUAUUACACGGAUUAUUGUAUCGAGUAUUAUAAAAAUCGAUAUAUGUGUAAAUAGUACAUAUAUACAUAUGUAUUAUGGUGUUUUAGUCGUCCAUACAAAGUCUGGUGUUCGUUCGUCGAUUUUUUCGUACAAGUAGAUAAACUCGUAUAAAUGUUUGUGUGAAAAAAAUGAUGAAAUUCAGAUACAUGGGACCACGAAGUUUCAAACUCUCUCGAGUCUAUGAAAUUAAUAAUAUUAUUCCUAUCAUGGGAUUUUAUGUUGUUAUUAUUAUUAUUAUUGCAAGGGACUCUCGAUAACGCGCAUGUUACCUCUCGGCAUCGUUAAUUCUUCAAAUCGUAACUCUUUCGCAGUAUUGCGACAUGUUUUUUUUUUUUUCAUAUUUAUCGCGGCUUUCGUCAUCCUUUUUAUUUAUUUCUCCCCCACAUUUUUCAGCAAUACUUCUUUCUAUAUUCGUUUUAUUUUUUGUUCGAGUUGAGGGAAGAUAAUUAGAGUCGAAGGAGCAUGCACGCGAGCAUAGUUGUACAUAUCAUAGGCGAAAAAUAGUACGUAUAUAUCCGUAGGUCGUUGUAAAAAAUGACAGCAAAAACAAGAAUUGCAUUGUACGAUGGCAUAUGCAUUUUGUAAAAUUAAGUUUACGUUUUAUGAAUACAUGUAGGUACCGAUACGCAUUUAUCAAUAUAGUAGCGGAUAUAUGCGUGUAUAUAUAAUGAUAGCAGAUCGAAAAAAUUGUAUUUUUGUUAGAUUUCUAUAUUAUAUUUAAAAGUCGAAAGUUUAUUUUGUUUGUUUUUCAAGUAAUUUAGUUUGAAAGUAGAAUACCCCGAGAUCUGGUGCGCACGUGUGUGUGUGUGUGGGUGGGUGGGUGUGUGUGUGUUCGCGUGUGCGCGUGGUACCUACAAUUAUUAAAAUAAUCAUUUCCAUCAAUAUUAUAUAUAUAUAUAUCGAACGAAUCGAUUAACUAUUUGAUUUUGUAACGGUAUCGCUCCGACAGCAAUGUUUUGUUAGCCAUACGCGCGCGGCUCUUGGAUAUUUCGAAAAUGCCUAUAACAACGAGCUUCGAAAAACAGUGAAAAUUCGUGCUUCCGCGACUAUUUAUGGAAGGUUUGUUUCUUCCUCCGACAAACUCAAUGAUGGAAGAGCACAAAUAAUGUCCGCUGCUAUCUUCAUGAUCUUUACCUCUCUUAUUCGAGUAGCGUGUGGUUGAGCUCGUUUGCUAAACGCUUAAACAUUCCGAUAUUAUAAUAGAGCGAGUUCGGUAUUAUUUGAAUAAAGUAUUAUUUAAGAGGAUCAUGAGCGCGCGCAUUUUCGCCAAUUUACCAAACAGAGAUAUGAGUCUCAUUAUUUAUCUGUUUUUUUCGAACGACGAAUCUUUGAAAUCGUUGUAUCUAUUUAUAUAUACCGAGGCAACUCCCGAGGACCACGAACUCACAAUAAUAUUUGGACGUAAACAAAAUCAAUGAUGCUGCAAACGCAGAACGAAAAAUCAUAUAAUAAAAUAGAAAAUUCUAAAUGUAUGCGAGUGUUUAAUCCGUGUCGUUUUCGCUGUUGUUCCACGUGAAUAAAACAAAAAAUGUACGAAUCUUUCGUAAAACGUGCUAAUAACUGAACUGAGGAUAAAUGGACGUGGAAAAAAAAGGAACAAAAAAAAAGAGAGAGAGAGAGAGAGAGAGAGAGUAAAAAAACAGCGGUCGAAAUCCGCGUUAUGUGUCUAUUUAAAUAAAGUGGCUGUUCAAAAAAAUAUCAAUACGAUAAUAUUUGUAAUCCAUAUAAAUAUAGUGGAAUAAUUGUUUUUAUUUGUUUCGUCCAAAUGUAAAAAAAAAAAAAAAAAAAAAAACGUGCAUUUCCUUGAACGUGCGAGGAAAAUACGAAUUUGUUGUUAUAAAUUUGAUACGAAAGAAAAUGUAUCACGCGUCGCGAGACUCGUUUCUACGUUUCUUACUGUUUAUUAGCAAUAAUUAUUUCUUAUAUGUAUCAUUGAUUGCAUUGGAUUGUAGUGAGAAAAUAGAAAAUCCAUAGACGAAACAACAAAUAUGUAAAUAGUAGAAUGUAGAUGGUAGCCAUUUCGCAUAAACGAGAGGGAAGAAAAAAAUUUGGGAUUCCGAAAGAUUGAAAAAUACUCAAAAUUAUGAAUACUAACUAUACAUUUUCUAAAAAAAAAUCUUAUACGUGUUGAAUAUUUUAUUGUGAUAAUCGUGUAAAUGGGAAAGAAAUAAAAUGUGUUUCGAUCGAAA